CUUCCAGUGUGCCUUGCCGAGAAUUGAACAAUUUGCCUCCGUACAGCCAUGUGCGUAAACCUGUACGGAAGAGGCACCGCCCUCCAGACUCUGGCCGUGCUGCAAGUGAUGACCAUUAUCGUGAACGCCAACAGAGAGAUCUUGCCGGACCCUGUCAGUACACGUAAGUGGAGUGCUGGAUCGUCUAGCAGUACAGAUCUGCCUCUGUGGCUCUGGGUGCGGUCGGCAAGGAACUGCCCGCCGCUUUCCUUCCUCUCCUUCCCUCUCCUCCGCUCGUACUCCCUCAUUAGCCUUACCAGCGGCAAGCCCUACUCGCUCGUCUCCUGCUCCGUGAUCCCGGGCUCUCUUCCCUCUUCUGUUGUGGCUCGUGCGUCGACACACUGUGAAGGGUACAUGGCUCAACCACGCAACGGAGCACAUCGCUAUGCCCAUCGUUGCGCUCUACAUCGGCCCCUACCAAACUCUAUCGAUAGCCAGUGGUGUGCGUCCGUCAUUAUCGGCUUCACUUCGCAAUGGUGGGAAGUACGACUACCUCGCCUCCGCGGCGCUCGACGGCGGGAGCCUGGUUAUCCAGUCUAUUACGAUGCGAAUCUGGCUAGCUCCGCCGUGUUCGGCACCAACGGCCGCGCCGUCGACUUCCCGACCUGCCCUGCGAAUCUCUCUGUCGAAUCGGCGCGCAGCGACGAACUAGGUGCUCUCAUUCUAGAUCGUUAACAAGAAGCAUGUACUGCACAGAACACAUUUCGAAUUCAUUAGCUAGCAGCAGCACGGGUCUAUACUGAUCUGACGCGCGUCAAGCGAGUUGUCGCUGGGCGGCAGUACAUCAGAGGGACGCAUCUUCCGGCGUAAGCUACGAGGCUCGCUCACCG